AAUAGUCUACCAUUCAUCGCUCUAGUCUGUUAUAUAUCUUGGACUAGUGCUUCUUAACGCAACUGAAAAUGCAUCAACCCGAGCCUUUUGCAGGGGAUGAGGCAGACGAACCUGGACCAUCUGUUGAGUCUAAAAACCAAGCGGAGAGAAUCACAGCCCGUCGCCUCCGCAUAGCCGCACGAAAUGAGGCCAAAACACGUCAAGAGCUUGGCGAAGAUUCCCAGGGAAAGGAGGAUAUUCAAGAAGAAGCACGGAAAAGUCAGAAGGAAGUGGAGAAAAGUAAAAGGCACAUGGCAAAAUUGCAAAGUGAUGGUCUAGAGUUGGUGACCAACAUUGAAGUAGCUGUAGAUGCAAGAGAGACUGACAGGAGAACAGAGCUAGAGGAGGCAUGCCGACUGAGGAGAGAAAAGCUGGAAAAUGAGGCCAAGUCCAGCCAGGAAAAGUUUGAGGAGAUCACUCGGAAAUGGACAGAUGCUAAAAUGAAACAGACCCCACUAGAUCUAAGAGAUGCUCUGAACAGCCAGCAACAACUCUGUGAACAGAUUUUAGGGGACAAGAAUAAACUGAUCAGUGAGCUACAGCAGGAGCUAAAGGCCAGUGAUGAUCACUAUGUGAAGGACUUGAAAAGACAGACUAAAGACAUAGACCUGCUGAUUGAGAGAAUGGAAGAACAGAUCUCAAGUCUGAAAAAGUCAUACCGAGAGGACUUGCAGCAUAUUGAGAACUCAUUUGAUGAGGAAAGAAGAACAUUGCUAACCAAACACAGGAAGAAAUGGGGGCAUCAGAUGAAAGAACGAAGCGAGAAAGAGUUUAGGAAUCUGAUGCAGGGUUUAGGUCUCCUGGAGGAGCAUGAGGACUUGCUGCAGAAGCUGAGGGUUUGGAAAGCUGAAGAAUACAACACAGACAAAAUCAGAAUGGAUACAGAAGUACAGAAUUUAAGAAAGAAGUUACAAGAGGUGAAGUUCAACUGCCAUCUGAAUGAAGAAAAACUUGAUUACAAAUAUGAGGUGCUAAAGAAAAGAGAGGAAGAGAAUGCCAUUUUAAAAUCCCAUUUGAAGAGGAAAAUUAUAAGAAUGCAAGAUGUUCUCAACAACCUAAAGUCUAAAUGCGCCAAUCAGGAAAAGCAGUUGAAAGCAGAGGAGCAAUCACUGAGAAAUGACUACACACGCAUCAAACAACAGUACAAAGACAUGCAGAAGAAAGCAAGACACUUUACAGCACUCGAUGCUGAGCGCUUUGAGAAGUUAUGGUUGAUGAGUGAAGAUGAGGUAAAGGCCCUGGCACACAGGGUGCUGGAGACGGACAGAAUCAUUCAUGAGCAGCAGCUGGGUCAUGCUUGGGUGUCUCCUCCGCUCCCCUUCAUGGAGUGCUCCGGCCCGAUCGAACAGAAGACACUCAGGACGGCCUCACAGGCAGCUGCAGAUACCCUGCAAGAAGAAACAAGAGGAGAUUUAGUGGAGGAACCUGUGGGUCUGGACGACACUGCUAGUGGAGUGAAUAGAAGAACAGUGAAGAGAAUUCUGGAGCUACUGUGUGACGAAUUGGGGUUCCUUGUAGAGAGCAAACUGCUGAAGCUGGUGUCUCUUCUGGAGAAGAAUGAUCAGUCCCUUAUAAAGUUAGAUGCCAUUUUCUCAGCAAUAGGGAUUGAGAGUGAGAAGGAUGUGUAUAAAAUGGCUGAGUUCUUAAUGAAUUACAGACAACAUGGUCAAGAGCAGAAGGAAAAGAUGGAGGAAGAGGAGACAGCCAACAACUCGGACUUCAUCCAUCAUAAUGACCUACUAGUGGCUCUGAAAGAUUUUACAGCUCAACACUGCAGACCCCAUGAUGUUCAGGCCUCACAGAAGAGCAGUGUUUUGGGGUUGGAUAUGAGAGAUGACUCAGAAGAUGGAGCGUACUGGGAAAGCAUUGCUAAUGUCAUCCCAGAGUCCAAACUCAGGCUCUGGAGUGCUCUAGAUAUAUCUCUCAACAAGUACCAUACUGUACUGACUGAAAGGGCUGAGCUUCUGGUGGAAACACAGAAUGUACAACAACAGAAUUCUGAGCUCAGACAGCUGCUGCAUCUUUAUACAACCUCCAAGGCCAGUGCUGAGCCGGAGAUGCAGCCCACCAGGAUGAGGCAGUUCCCCAUGUGAUAUACUUCAGAAAAAUAAAUUAAUAAUAAAUAACUGUAUUUGUAAUCUGUGUGUUGAAAAUUAUGAAUUUCAACACUACUAUUGAAAAUAACAAGCUCAGAUUAAGUUAUGGGGAUAUAA